AUCUCCACGCAAAGGCCUUCGGGGAAGAGCUGGUCCCGGCGGCGCGGUGCAGGCUGGGAUUGAGGUUAGAACCGAAUAUUUCUGAAAUUUAUCGCGAUUUUGCCCCUUAUUUUGGGGGUAUCUACGGCCCAACUGCAUGGGUGUUGCUCCUCAGAAAGGUCUUAGAACAAAACCAGGACCUUUUAGGUUCGCCUGAGCGCUGCCAGAGGCGUGGAAGGGACCGUGAGGAGCCGAGGUAACGCGGGGAGGGCGGAGGUGUCUGCAGAUCACAGACGGUCGGGCCAGAUAGAUCUGAGUGUCCAUCUGAACUUAAGUCUCCAGCAGUCUGUACAGCAUCAAACUCAGGACGGCUUUGAAAGUAUGGAAGACGUCAGUAAUGCUGAUGCUCGCAAAAUGUAGUUUGCACUGGAAAACUGGUUUGCACAGGGAACGAGACUUCAUGUCAAAUGUAUGUGUCAAGAAACCCGUGUUUCACACCAUAUAGCCAGUGGUAAACAUGCAGUGAUUCUUGGCAAGUAAAGAGAACAUCUUCUAGGAAACAUUUCUGCGAGUGUUCAGCUGAUUCACCCUGAUAUAAAUGGAGUGUACCGGACUGAGAGAAGUCAUCUCGGCGAGCUGUCAGCUACAGUCGCGUGGCUGCUGAACCGUGUCGGUGCCUUUCAUGUUGUUGCUCUCACGGAGGAGACAUGAACGUGAACAAGGAGAGCAGCUGCAUCGGCUUCUCUCCAACACUAGGGGGCGCUGUGGAUAAGCCCAGUUUUGUGGUGGUGCCCUUUGGAUGGAGGAGGGUCGUGGACAAUGGGAGAGUUAUUUAUAUCAGCCCUGACGGCUCCUGUCUGGUGUCAGUAGAUCAGGUGAACCAAUACUUGCAGAAGGAUGGAACCUGCAAGUGUGGGCUGGGCUGUCCUCUACAGGUCAACAAGGUGUUCAACUUCGAUCCCGGGGUGCUGGUGCGACACCGCAGUGCGGAGGAAGUGAAAUCGUGCCAGGCAGAAGACGACUUGACCAAACUGUGCAAUCACAAGCGUAAGAUCCUGGCCAUGGCCACACUGAUGGAGCCGCCAGUCACCACCCAGUCCAAACCUAGCUUCACUAUGGCUCCCAUAAGAACGGUGGAGAAGGUACCCAUAAGUAGGACCCAUCGGCCACAGAAGUCCAAACCCCACCCGCCAGAGGACACCCACCCUCGCUACACCAACGUCUACAUGAGGCAGGUCCUCUCCACACAGGAGGGGGGGCCCGGGCCGGGGAUGGGGGUCGGGGGACAUCCAGGGGGGAUGCCCCAGGGGCUGAGGCACUACCCUGAGCAGCCUCGCAUGCCCCUGCAGCAGCAGCAGCCCCCACCCCUACAACACUACCCUCCACAGCAAAUGCACAUGCAGGAACAACAGCAGUUCCUGCACCAAGGCGGCCCUCCCAUGAUGCAGCAGAGGCUGCGUCACCUGCCCCUGGCACCUCAGCACCAGAUGGCCCCCCACGGAGCCAUGCCUCCCCAUCGCCACGGCGAUGGCCACGUCCUUCAGCAUUCCUACGACGGCAUAAUGGGAAACGAGUUCCCCCACGCUGGGAACAUGGGCGGGUAUAACAUGAUGCCACAGCAACAACAGCCGGCUCCCGUGUACAACAACGCGUACAGUCCCGUCCCCAUGCGGAGAAGGACGAGUUCCAGUAGCCGGGGCACGCCCAGCCCCGCCCUUAGCAACAAGGCUCACCGCAGCCCGGCGUCGGGGGUGCCGAGCCCCAUGAUGAGCCCGACAGACAUUCGGUCCAAUCCUGGUUCGCCAUUCGACGCUGGGAUGGGCGCGGGGAACACUGGGUUUGUGUCCCCCACGCUGCAGGGCAUGAUGCCAAAUAUGGGCAUGGGAGAGCCCCCUGUGAUAGUCCCCCUUCCCAGUAACCUCCCCCUCCCCACUAGGACUACUCGGCCGUCAGGAACAGCCCAAAGGGGGGCGACCGUCACUCCCCCUGUCAGUAUUGCCCCCAACCCUGAGGGGGUGUCGGGAAACCGCCAGGUGCCUUCCUGCAUGAAGCAAAGAUCGGAGAGCUUGAGUAACCAAUGGAGCCCCCCUGCACAGCGCAGGGGGUCCACUUCAGCUACCGUAACUGAAAACCCCCCUCCUCGGCAACACCAGCAGGGGCAAACCCCCUCCCCCCAGGAGGACAAACCACACGGACUAGUCCAGCAUCAGAGGAACGUUCCAAACCCACUGCUCGUCGGCAACGAUGUCUUCCCCCAAAUAAACCCCCUUUUCUCCGCUGGUUCUGGUAACCAGGGGCAGCAGAAGAACCCUAACAACCCAGGACUGCUGGGGGUCACACUGCAGCAGAUCCUGAGUCGUGAGAACGCUUCGUCCUUCCCAGCGUCCUCUCUGUUGUCAGCUGCUGCCAAAGCGCAGAUGUCGAGUGGCUUAGGAAAACAACAGUCUUACGGGACAACAACAACCACGGCUUCACCAUCAUUUGGCCAGCUUCUCCAACAAGGGAGCUACACGCAGGCCGGGAGUAAAGGGCAGAGUGGAGGAAACUUCAACCCUCCCAACCCUCCGCGGUCACGGAGAAGAACUGCCAGUGGGUCCAGUCGGAGGAAGUCAGGCCCAGACGACAACGAGUUAGGACCAAUCACCUGUCAGAGAGCGCCCGCUCUAAGUGAACUGAUGGGGAGGAUAGCAAACGUGACUCCAGGGCAGGGAAACCCUUCCAUCGGGCAGGGGAACCCUCCCCAGGGCCAGGGGAACCCUCCCCAGGGUCAGGGCAGUCUCCCAAACCCACCACAGGACAAUUUCAAUAUUGCUCAGGAGAGGUUCAGGCUGGCGCUGCAGCAAAACUAUCCGCAGGCAGGUGGCGCCCCUGCAAACAGCAAUCCCUCAGGUAUGAGUCAUCCUCGCAUGAGUUUCCCUCAAGGUGCGAGUAUGCAAAGGCACGGAACGCCGGCGCAACUCUCACAAGGUGCCCCGACAAGUAACGUGCACGGGAACAACUCUGUAUCUCCGGCCAUGGUCACAAACAACACCAUCACUGUCCCUGCUGCACAGAACCAACUGCAGCAAGGACCACAGCAGAUGCCUAUAGUUUCUAGCACAAUAACGGAGAGAAAGUCACAAGCAGACUUGACUGUAAGCAGAACUGUAAAGCCUGUGACCAGUAGAAGUAAUGUUCCCAUGCCUACCAUGGCUCCCAGCACGUCAACAAGACAGGAACAAGGGCAGACUGUUGCCAUGGGGACAGGUGCGUCUGUUAGUGUGAAGAGCGUUGUGGCUACGAGUACGGUAGUGCCCAACUGUGAGGUGACUACAGUUCCACAGUUCCAGAGUGCGGCGUCAACAGUCUCUCAGAGCACAACCACCAUCACGACAACCACCGUGGCCACUCAGGUCCUGCCUACAACUGCUGUGUUGUCCAGCGGGGUCGACCUCCCCAUUGUGCAGCAACAGAUCGCGGGCAUCUCCCAGACCCCGCAGCUGCUGAACCCAGCUCUGCUGCAGUCGGUGCUCGUACAGCAGCCUGGUCUGGUCAACCCCGCCAUGGCGUUGAACCUCCCACUAGCGCUAAGCACAGGAUUACUUGGAAACCAAGGCCAGCAGACUGUUGACACUGCUGUAAACGGCAACAUCAACCAGGCGGCCGGGCUUGCCCAGGUGUUGCCAUCGCUUGCCCAGGGACAGUUGACGCUGAACCAGCUGGCAUCGCUGCUGCCGCAACUCAGCGAAGCCAACGUCCAGAACCAGAACGUCGUAACAUCCGGCCUGACAGCCAACGUGAACCCAGUACCAACAAGUCAGCAAAGCGCAGAGUCAUCUCAGGCAGGGAAGGUAGCAGUGCCAUCUAGCGAUGCAGGCCUGACACUGCAGGUGCAGCAGGGUGGGAGCGGGAACUUCAUCCCCAUCGUGCCGGCCGGGAUCCUGCCCAGUAUCGACCUCACACAGCAGCUUCCCCAGCUGGGCGGGAUGUGCCUGCCCGGGAAUCUCAACCUGGGGAUGGGCCUGAACCCGCAGCUCCUGGGACAGGGCCUGGGGAACCCCUCCCUCACCAACAACCUGCUGCUGACUGCAGGAGUCCUGAACCUCAACCACCAGAACAUCCUCAACCUCCUGCAGCAGCAGCAGCAGCAGAUCCUGCAGAACUCCGGCAUCAACCCCGCAGCCCUGCUCCAGGGGGUCAACGUCGCCGCCCUGGCUCAGCCGCAGCAGAAGAACGAAGUGCAAAACGACAGCAAAGAAGCGGAACAGGCGGUAGAAGAGGCUGCUUCAGCGCCUGUGGUCUCAGUCAGUCAACAAACGCCGACAUCACAAGUGGCCAGGCCGAUGAGUGAUAGUCAAGAGCAGCUGUCUGAGGCUAGGUCUCAGGCAUCAACUGUGGAGUCCAGCUCAGAAAAUGUGGAUUCAACAAUAAAGACAGAAGCAGUACCAACAACGGUUGUGAAUGAAGCCCAGAAGUCAAUGGUGGAUGCAAUCUACACAGCUGUUGUUGAUGCUGCCAGUCAAGGUGUUAAGGUUAUUAUCACAGAACCAUCGAGAUCCAUUGUGAGUUCAACAGCAAGCUCCUCCACUGCCACAACGUCUGCACUUCCCCUUCCAAUCACCCAGGGGGCACUCAGUGCAAUGAGUGCGUUCACGGCCUCCAUUCCUGACCCGGUGAACUUGUCUGCCGCUGUGAACGCUGUUGUCCGUGGGGACGACCCUCUGUCACUGGGAGGGUCAGGUCGAAGUAGUCGGUGUGACUCGAUGUCAGGUCAGUCCUCUCCGAGUCGCGGGGGCAGCACGCCGAGGAAGAGCCCCGCCCGCUCUGUAACACCAGGGUCGGCAAAGGUUUCUCCCGUCGCACAGGUAUCCUCGCCAGGGCUGGGCUCAUUCGGAAGGGAACAGCACACGAUAUACGCAGGAGUCGCACAGAGCCCUAAACCCAGCCCACAAACAUACCAACACAGAAGCCCUGCAAGGUCACCUGCACGCACGCACGCCACGACUGCAGUACCAACAAGGACGAGACCAGCAGCUGAACAAAAUGCCGAGAAGAACCAGCAAACAGCAGAUCCCUCGCAGCAGGCCGUCGAACCUCCUCCCCACGUCCCUCAGACUUCUGAGCCUUUAGACACAACAGCAAACAAUUCCUCUGUUUCCUCAGACGGUCCGACGGUGCAAAACUCACACGUUCACCUGAACAACAACUACUCCAACGAGAAGGAGACAAAAGAAGAGACUGUCGGAGACAACGCCGUGUCUCAUGAACUCAGUCUGGAGAAAGUGCCGGAGACUUUAGUGACAUGUAGUGGUGUGAACCACCUUGUUCCUAGUCCUGGGGUCAGCUCCUGUAGUUCCUCCAGUGUGGGGACAGCCGGAGUGUCACCGUCAUCAGAACCCUCCUCACUCACAUCAGUCGAAACGUCUCAUUUCUCAUCAGUGGAGGUGUCACAACCGUCGUCACUGGAAACCUCCCAAACAACCUCACAGGAAAUCGCGCAGAUUUCUUCAGUCGAAAGUUCCCAAGUCGCGUCGGUUGAAACUUCACAUACACCCUUAGCAGAGGUCUCUCAGAGUCCACCCAUGGAAAAUUGCUUAAGUGUACCAUCUGAUGUUCCCAACACGGAAGCCUUGCCGGAGGUUUCUACACCAGAAGUUGUUGAGGAAACGGUAGACCCUGUUGUAGAAGCACCUCCUGCUGAGCCAGACAUGAACUGCACGCCUACAAAUGAUGCUCCAACUCCUGUUGAAAACGACUGUCAUUCAGGUAAAGAGAACUGUGUAGCAGAAAAGGAGAGGAAACGGGGAGUAAAGAGGCCACGAGAAGAGGUGGAGGAGAAUGGGGAGGAGAUGCCCUCUGACCUUUCCCAGAAGGCACUGCCAGAGAGGAGAGUUGGUACCAGGCAUCACACACAGUCCUUAGGGAUCGCCCUCAGACUAGCUGCAGCCGAUGGGGACCUUGAGGAAGCUGAUUCGAGGGAUUCCUCCCCAGAGCCUCCAACCCCCCGUGGGCCACGGAACUUCAGCACGGGAGACUUGGUGUGGGGACAGAUCCGGGGGUUCCCCUCCUGGCCUGGCAAGUUAGUACAGGAGAACGACGUGAAGGGGAACCAUGUCAAGUCAGAGGAGGGCAAGGUGUGGGUGAAGUGGUUUGGUGACCACACCUACACACAGGUGGAACCAGACAAACUCAAGACUCUCACAGAAGGGCUCGAGGCUCAUCACAAAGCCAGGAAAAGGCACAGGAAGGGCCGUAAGAUGAACAGCAAUCUGGAGGCAGCUAUAGAGGAGGCCAUGCUGGAACUGGAGAGGAAGGACGGCAUCGUCCCUGACCCAAAGCCACGUACAGCCGGCCGGCCUAAAGCAGUGAAGAGGAGGAAGACACACAGAUGACACUGUGGCUCGACGCUGUGCAAACUGUCAGUCUCCUCCAUCCUGAUUCUCUCUUGUCUCCAUGUCCUCAUCAUUACAUCCUAACUGGACAGGCACCAAAACUCCCAGGUUCAACAAUCUUCUAAGUCGGGCAAGAACAAAAUUUUUUUCCAAAAGAAACUUUUCAAAGGGAGUUUUGUAUUGUGGAGCUUUGUAGAAUGGAGUUUUAUGAUUUGAAUCAAAGUUGUGAUUUGAAGUAUGAAAUUUGUGCAAACAGUUCUCAGAACAACAUCCGGGAAAAGUUUUUGUAAAAGCUAUGGAAAGUUUAAGAAUGGAAAAACUCUUAUCUUUUCUAUGAAGUGUGUUAGUGUCCUAAUAUAAGAUUUGUUACUAUCCUGUACUGAAAAUUAUAAAAGUCUUUGA